AUGGCAAAGGAUAAGAAGAAAGAUGGCAAGAAGGCAGAAAAAUCUGCACAUCCUCCUGUUCCUGCACAAGAUACUACAGUUGGGAGUACUUCCACAGAGCUGACUGAUUUGCAGACCUUAGUGAACAGGGAGGGAGAAACACAGGCAAAUGCAGUGAUACCAGAUAAAGAACCAGAGGAGGUGGAGGAACCUCCAGUCCAAGAUGUUCCUCAGUAUUACGAAGAGCCAGUUCUUACUCGAGUUAUUGUAAAAAGCUAUGAAGGUGAAAAAGUCCAUGGAUUGUAUGAAGGUGAAGGAUAUGCCUGUUUUGAGGGGGGAAAUACAUAUAAGGGCAUGUUUUCAGGAGGGUUCAUGCAUGGCCAAGGGACUUACACGUGGGCUGACGGAGUGAAGUACGAGGGAACAUUUGUUAAGAAUGUGCAGAUGUUUAACGGCCGUUAUACAUGGAAUGAUGGCAGCAUUUACGAAGGAUCAAUCAAGGAUGGAGUUAGGCAUGGAUUUGGAUUUUUCAGGAGCGGUACUCGUCCUGUUUCAUACAUUGGCUAUUGGUGUAAAGGCAAAAGACAUGGAAAGGGUACCAUUUAUUAUGAUGAGGAUCAUACCUCUUGGUAUUCAGGUGACUGGGUAAAUAACGUCAAAGAAGGAUGGGGAAUGAGAUGCUAUAAGUCUGGAAAUACCUAUGAAGGUCAGUGGGAGAAAAAUGUACGUCAUGGAAAAGGAAGGAUGAGAUGGUUGACAGCUAAUCAGGAGUAUAUGGGACAGUGGGUGUGCGGCAUACAGCAUGGAUAUGGCACCCACAUAUGGUUUUUGAAGAGAAUGCCUGCGUCUCAGUAUCCUUUAAGGAAUGAAUACAGAGGUGAUUUUGUAAACGGGGAGCGACAUGGACACGGGAAGUUCAUAUAUGCCAGUGGAGCUGUGUACAGUGGCGAAUGGGUUUGUAAUAAGAAGCAUGGCAAGGGCAGGUUUGUCUUCAAGAAUGGUCACGUUUAUGAAGGGGAGUUCAUAGGUGACCGUAGAGUAGAAUAUCCUGCUUUUCGAGUGGAUGCAGUGAAUGCACAAGAGCUGGAUGCCGUUUGUGCAGGAAGUCAUUUUGGCACUGAGAAUAUCACAAUCAUUAAUGAGUCAGAAAAUACUUCUGUUCUGGGAUCGAAUAUUGAGUUGGAUAUAUCUUCACUGCUUGACUUGUUGCCAGGGGAAGGGAGACAUGAAGAACUGAAACAAGUGGAAUUUGCUGUGCUGAGGCAUAUUACGGAACUGAGAAGACUGUACACCUUCUACAGUGGUUUAGGCUGUGAUCAGUCUCUUGACAACACCUUUAUCAUGACUAAGCUCCAAUUUUGGAGAUUUCUGAAGGACUGCCGGUUUCAUCACUCCAACACAACUCUUGCUGAGAUGGAUCGGAUAUUGAGUGGUGAUAAAACACCACUUGAGGAGAUACAUAGUCCUCAUGAGAAUUUACUGUUCAGAACAUUUUUAUCUUACCUUAUUCGUCUGGCAUUUCAUAUCUACCAUGAAGAGCACAAAGAGGAAGGUCCUUAUCUGCGUAAGUGUUUCUUUUUUUUUCCUGCUGCCUGUCGUAUCCAAGGUAUCUUAUUUUCUGAAGAACGAUGUACAGUUUUUGCUAUGAGCUACAUCAAUAAAUGCUGGGAAAUAUACAGAGCUUUUUGUAGACCGAGUACCAGACCUCCGUUUGAACCCACCAUGAAAAUGAGGCACUUCCUUUGGAUGUUGAAUGAUUUUCAGCUUCUCAGCAAACAAUUGACUGCUUCAAGACUUGUGGAAAUACUUCUCAAAGACGGGCCCUCUCUAUGUGGCAGCAGUAGUACCAACCUGGAGCAGGAGAUUGUUUUUCUUGAAUUUAUGGAAGCUCUUCUUGAUUGUGCGUUGGUGUAUGUUACCAGUGAUCUGAUUAAGGAGCGAGUAGAUUGUGACGAUAAAAUAGGGAGCUUUAGAAUCGAGGGUCUCUCCGAGGGAACCACAAAUGUGUCUCUGUACCCAGAAUAUUCUCUGUCUCAGUGCACUUACAGCAGAAGUAUGAUUGGUACACACAUAAAUGAUGAUAUUUCUGAGGCAGCUGAGCUUUACACUUGUUCAUGGCCAUCUUCAAGCAAAAAUGUCUUAUCACAAGAUGAACUAAAGAAACAUGAGGAAUAUACUCCAGAUACUGUCCUCUCAUUUCACACAACUCAUGGAGAUGCUGAAGAUGUUCCGUCGUUGUUCAGCUGGGAUGCAGAAACAGAACAAGAUUUCUGUCCAGCAAAGGAAGUGACAGAUGAACCGAAAGAAGCCAAAAAAACCCAAGAUGAGGAAUUUAGCCUGUGGAUGUGUCAGGUCCAAAUCUUCUUUACAACAAAGUUCUUCCCGGCCUAUCAGCAUGAAAAAGUGCUGAGGGAAAAGAUCAAAGAAAAUCGAAUACGGGAUGCUGCGUUGGCUGAGCUGAGAAGGAUCAAGGACGAGGAGCUGGCAAAACUUACUGCUGGAAGAGAAGCAGAAGAGGCAAAAAGGCAAGAAGCAGCUGCAGCAGAAAAAACACUUGAUUCCAAGAGUGAAGAUUUUAAGGCGUUAGAGGAGCCUGUCACGCAACCAGCAUCCCCUCCAAAGGAAGAGGCGCCCAGCGUAGCACCCCCAGGUGUUACCAAGGGGCUUGCUGGCAAAAAGAGAAAGAAGAAAUAA